UUCGCGGAGCACCACGUGUUCACGGCCGCGUGCAGAUGUUGUGUGCAGAUGUUGCGACGAGCACCGCUGCAUCACCUCUGACAGGGAUUAGCUCGCAUGCUAACAGAGGCUACACUGUGAACCACUGAGGCUCUGCAGCGUCGACGUGUCGCCGCUGCGUCACUUUAAACCUUUUUAACACUUUAUUCACGUGAACGUAAUGAAGCUGACACGUCACUGGGACUCAAAGAUGGACGCUGGACUCACUGUGUGUCCUCCAGCAUGUCUCCAGAGCUGCUGAGCUGCCGUCACCACCAGCAACACAACCAGCAACACAACCAGCAACACAACUCCACCAGCAGCACAACCUCCUCGGGGCGGGUUUGAAGAUGUAGCCACGAGAGAAGAGCGUCAUCUCCCUCAUCUGUGCUCAGUGACGCCUCCUCUUCAGCGCCUCCCUCUGCUGUCCUCGCUCUGGAGCCCGUUGGUCAGACCGCCCCUGGUUGACGCCCCCCCCGCCGCGCUCCAACAUGCUCUUCUCCCUGAGGGAGCUGGUCCAGUGGCUCGGCUUCGCCACCUUCGAACUCUUCCUCCACUUGUUGGCUCUGCUCGUCUUCAGCAUGCUGGUGGCCCUGCGAGCCGACAUGUUCGUGACCUCGCUGAGCUGGUGGCUGGUCUUCGUCCCGCUGUUUGCCGCCGACGGCCUCAGCACCUACUUCACGGCCAUCGUGUCCAUCCGGCUGUACCUGGAGAACGAGAAGCGCCUGGCGGUGCUGCGGCUCCUGUGGGUGCUGACGGUGCUCAGCCUGAAGCUGGUGUGCGAGGUGCUGCUGUGUCAGAAGCUGGCCGGGCAGGAACAAGCCAGAGACCUGUGGUUCGGCCUCAUCGUCUCUCCGCUCUUCAUCCUGCUGCAGCUGCUCAUGAUCCGAGCGUGUCGCGUCAACUGAGGAGCGGCCGUUAGUGGUCGUGCUUUCACGUCGCCAGUCAGAGAGCAGUCCUCGUCUGCCUUUUGAGAUUUAAAGCAUAACAAUGGUGUAAUUUUCCCUUUGGUUCGUCUGCACCUUAAAGACACAGCAACACUUCUAUUGUUUUUCACAUACGUGUUCCAGGUCACACCAGAAUUCAGAAUUCUGUCAUUUGUGUUUCCAACAGCGACAAAGUUAAUGAUGCUAACUUGAGUUUAAAUUGUAUUUUUAAAGACGGAGCAGAAUGGAGACAUUUUGACUUGAGUUGUUGUUGAUACUUUGCAGAGCACAAAGAUUCGGAGAAGAUGUCGGAGCAGUAACGGUGCAUUUGGACUGUGGUAGUGCCUAAACCAUGACUAUGGUGCAGUCAAAGGUCGACAGUGAGCCAUGAGUGAAAUUUAUACCUGAUAUUAUGUAGUAAUGCUAAUGUGCACAGACCACAAAUUAAAUAAACAGGAGGAACCUCAAGGCAGUAAUGACCGAGGCAUUCAGGCAACUUAGUGGGUCGACGAGCUGCUGCAGCAUUGAUGUUUCUGUUCCGAGAGGAAACAAGUGACUGCCUCUGAAAUUUGGUUUUACGUCUCACUCUGUUGCAGGAAGCGUUCCUCGUGCACUGUGCUCCCUUAUUGCCUAGUUUGUCAGCUCCAUCAAGACAAGACCCCGAUGUAUAGGAGCUGACUGUGAUUACUUCUAGCAGUCAACUGUGUGCACACGUCUUCCCUGGAUCUUGCUGUUUAUUUUGUACAACAUGUAACGUUUUCACCUUGUGAAUGUGACGCUCAUAUUUUGUAUUAUAUUAUGUAUUUGUGCCUCGUUUUAAAAGUCCAGUGUGUAGAAUUUAGUGACGUCUAGUGGUGAAGUUGCAUGUUGCGGCUGAAUACCCCUCACCUCACCCUCCUCUUCCAAACAUGCAGGAGAACCUGUGGUAGCUUCAGUUGUCAUGAAAAUUCAAA